AUGUAGAAUUUUUUGAUGUGGGUGUUGUGUCUUGGGACGUCAAACGCUUCAAUGAUUAUUAUUUUCAAGUGGACGUUAAUUUUUGUGUAAAUCGCCAUUUAACAUUGCGUAUCGUGGUAUUUGUUGGUGUUAUUCGGACUAAUCCAUUGUGUUAGUGAAUCAUUUUGAUCUGGUGACGGCAGAUAAUAAACUGGAGGGGGGCUGCUAAAAUACUACGACAGGAUAGUAACAACGUUUUACAACUCGAGAGGUGUUCGGUGCGCUCAUAAAAUUUCUCAUCUCGGUGCGGGCGAGUCGGACUUCCAUUUUGUUUUAUUAUGUGGUUGGACUGUUUACUCGGUGCGUUGCAUUCGGGACAAUGGAAAGCGACGGUGGUGGGGGCGCGAAGCUUGAGUGAGUGGUAGCGGAGGUGAUGCAGCGAGACCACGCGGGCGGCGCCCCGCACCACCCGCACUCCGCCGCCGCCCCCGCGCCCUCGCAUCCCCACUACCGGUCGGCGAUCUACGACAUCGAUGACCAGAUACCGGCAUCGGUCAUCAGCAGCGUCGGCACAGUGAGCCUUUCGCAGUCGUCCACAAACCUGACGCCGAACAUAACUAUGGCUAACCCAACCAAUCCCGGCAACGCGAGUAGCGGUAACGCGCCGCAGCCGCCGCCGCAGCAGGCGACCCAGGCGCCUGUCCGCAAUCUGCCCAAGAAACGCAAGUUCGACCCUUCAGAGCUCGAAGAGAUCGAACGCAACUGCAUGAACAACAUCGCCAUCUCCGCUCCUCUCCCCGUGGAGUAUCAGCCGACCAUCCAAACGGUUCCUCAACCCUCCCCCAUUGUCCAACAUCCCUCUCCCCCGACGGAUAUCAAGCCAUAUUCCAUCCAUUACCCCAACAUUGACCUGUCCGAGUGGCGCGACCAUCGCGUGCUCGCCAAGCAACGCGGCAUUUACAUCCCGGGCGUGAUUCGGCAAGCGGACGGCUGCAAAGUGAUAGUGGAGUUGGACGGGCAGGAGAAUGACCCGGUGGAGUACAGUGACAUUUUCGGCAAGAACAAGUUCGAUGUGAUAAGUGACGCGAGCCCGCAAAUGAGCCAUCUCCUGAUCGGCUCCGCGUGUGUGGUGAGGACUGCUGACCCUCUCCGGGAGUGUGGGCAAAAUGUGUUCCUUGAGGGGAUCGUGUGCGAGGUUCUCAAUUCGCCUAGGAGGAUCAGAGUCCAGGUCACCGACCGCGAGUGUAAAGAGAUGGUGGAAGUGAAGCGAGCCGACCUCAGGCUCCUCCAGCCUCCCUGGGCGGACGAGUUGGAGGAUGCUGGUUCGCACUCAGUGUCUGGGAUGCACAUGAUGCAUUCCACGCCUCGCGUACAAAUGCAUCCUGCGCCACAGCCGUUCCAGAUGGGUUCCGAGAACUUUUUCACCUCAUCCCCAAUGCUGGGCAGUAAUGUGGUAACCGUCGGCGCGUUAUCCAACGGCUCUAUCGACGACCUGCGUAAGCGCACCUUCGACGAUUACUGCGAGAGCGACGACGAUCUGCGUCGCGAGGAUAUAUCCUUCUCCGCCGAUCCUCAUAUGGGCUGCAACAGCAAACGCAGCAGUAUGCAGAGCCGAGGCAGCACGUCCAGUUUGAUGGAAGGCAGCCUCACCCCCCGAUCUCAACCCCCUACUCCUAGAUCUCAGGCGGCUACACCGCAUAAGUACAAGAAAGGUGACGUGGUGUCAACACCAACCGGCAUUCGUAAGAAGUUCAAUGGGAAGCAAUGGAGGCGGCUCUGUUCCAAAGACUCGUGCACUAAAGAGAGCCAACGCCGCGGAUUCUGCUCGCGCCAUCUUUCCCUGCGUGGCGUGACGUCACGCUCGUCUAACACGCCCCUGGCUCAAGGGUCAACGCAUACUCCGCAGCAGAGAAGCAGUAGCAAGUCGCUAUCAUCGAGUGGGACCGGCGUGGAAGGAGACGAGACUUCCCGCGAGAGUGACACCACACCUCCCCACUACCGCGUCACAGGACGCUUCGACCCCGACGAGACCGAGGCCGCUAACAUGCUGGUGUCGCUAGGCAGCUCUCGCUCGGGCAGUCCCGGGGCUUCCCCGGUAGGAGGCGUAGCGUCUCCAGGGCUCCGGAAUAAUGUGUUCGUGCCGAUAUCCAGUCCGCAGCCGCAGCCGCCGCACGGGCCCACUGUGUACCAUCACCUUAUCAGGCCAGAGCUGGUUCGGCCCGGUAGAGGCAGUCCCCCAGUCGGAGGCGUAGCCACUAGCGUCAUCAGGGUAUCCCCUGCGCCUACAUACUAUCAGGUCUCAGAAAACCGCAACGGUCCCACUAAUCUCCACCCAAACAUAACUUCCCAAUCCAGCGUGAUCGGCGUCCAAACGUCGGGCCUAAACAGCCAGAGCACGAUCCAGAUAAGUCUCAACGCCCCCACCAGUCUGCAAUCCAGUCUCUCCCUCCCUUCCAGUAUAUCCCUGAACCUGAACAACCAGAAUCACCAAACCAGCAUCGCAAAUACAAUUCGAAGUACGAACGAGAUCCCGCACAAUUUAGUCGUACACCGCACCACUAACGGAAUAGACAUAGACGUAUACAGGCAGCAGCCGUUACAUCUAAGGAACGGCAUCCACGAAUACCGUCGCGAGGAAUCGCCAACAAUGAACAGCCAUGAGAAUUUUUUAAAUAGACGAGUCUCGGAGUAUGAGGACGACGAUCACGCUAUACCUCAGAGGGAGAGAGAAAACGCCCGCCCUGGGGGCCUGUCGGACCCCCGCCCUGGGGGUCUGUCAGACCCCCGCCCGCCGGAAAUGUCCGAGACUCGCGUGGAAGACAAGAGGAUUGUGAAGCCGGCGCCGGUGCAAGCGAGACUCGUCUCCGUGCUGGACACGGAGUCGAAAGACGCUAUGAAGAGGUACUACGUGAUACCGCAGAACACACUUUGUGAGAAGAAGAUUGUGCUGAUUAAAAAUGAGCCGGAGACUGUUCAAAUAGAGCAGAAGAUGUCUCAAUUGGGUCAACACCUCAACAACAACGAACCAGAACACGAACCCAGGGGUCUUGACAACGGGGUCAAUGACCAUGUAAAUAAUGUGAACAAUAGCGCUGUGAUAGUGCACCCCAGUCAGCUGUUGCCUGUCUUGCCUCCGCCCACGUCACACACAGCUAUCAUAGUAUCAACAAGCGGCGUGCAAGGCGGCGUGUUCCCCUGGCAGUCGCUCGUCCCUUUACUAACCGCGUCGUCCCCGCCCCCCGCGGCGCCGGCGUCCCCGCGAACGCCCCGCACGCCGCGGACGCCCCACACGCCGCACACGCCCCACACGCCGCAGACGCCCCACACGCCCCACAUCAAGACUGAGGACCAGAUCAAGACUGAGGCUACUGGUGACGCCACCGCCGUGUGUACGGAAGAAGACGAUGACGUUUUCGAGUGCGAGGAAACAACCGGCACAGAAGAGUCCAAUAAGCGUCGGUCACAGAGCCUGUCUGCUCUUAACUCGCCCGCCGCCACGGAGAAGGUAAGGAAGAAGGAGCGUCGCAUCCGACGUCCAAUGAACGCGUUCAUGAUCUUCUCCAAACGGCACCGGCAAAUCGUGCACCAACUGCACCCGAACCAAGACAACCGGACCGUCAGCAAGAUAUUGGGGGAGUGGUGGUACUCCCUGAAGCCUGAAGAGAAGCAGAAGUAUAACGAGCUGGCGAGCGAGGUAAAAGAAGCCCACUUCAAAGCUCACCCUGAGUGGAAAUGGUGCAAUAAAGACAGGAGGAAGUCUUCGAGCAGUAGAGAUCCUACUGGUUCUAUGCCACAGAGUCCUCGCACGCCGUCGGAAGCGGGCGCGGGCGCGAGCGCAGACGUGCCAGUUACGGUGGCUGCGUACGCGCACGUGGGAUCGCCGCAGCUCAGUGACGACGAGCCUAUGAUAACACAAACGCUUUGCGAGGAAGCACCGGCGCCUGCUCCUAACUUAGAGAUCGAUCUCAAGUGCGGAGAGAAGGUCACCGACUCCGACUCAGAAGGGAUCGAUACCCGAGACUACCUGCCCCAUCACGACCAUACGAGGCGGCCUAAACCUAUCAAGGCUAGAGCUGGCUCGUCAGACAAUCUUCUCGGUGGGAUCACAGCUUCGAGUCCCGGCGGGUCUAAAGUAUUCCAGCCCACAGGUGGUGCGUUCAAAUCUACACACGCUGAUACAGGCGACAACCACCGGCAGUGGUUCACCCACCUCAAGACGAGCCAAGUGCCAAGUUCUCCUCACCCCUCGCAGUCGAUAUCUACAAGCACCCAAAGCCUGACCAACAGUGUUCAAGGCAUAUCGCUGAGCGCACCCAAUCUCACCACCCAAGCUGCGUUGGACAACGCUAUUGCUUCGAUUAUGAACUCUCCCACGUCUACUAGUGGAGUGCAGUGUUUUGGUCCACAGGUGAUCUCGCAGACUUCCACGUCGCUGCUCAAGAGCGUCACUCUUGUCAAGAGGAAUAUCAACGAUAACACUGGGCCCCUAACCCUGUCCGUGGAUGCGUCCGGCAAGUUCCUAAUCACGGCCAGCCAGGCCGGCGAGCAGCCGGGCGAACAGCCCUUGCAGUACGUACAGUUGCAGAGACUGUAUGUGCCUACCUUCAGUAAUGAAGUGGAAACCAGUAAACCCCAAAGUCAAAACGUACAAAGCGCCCCUCCAUCUGUGAUAGUGUCGCAAAGCAACAGCCAGAGCGCACCUAAACCUGUAAAUAAUGUGCAAUGGGAGACACCGGCAGAAGAGACUAGGCCAUUCCCGCUGGCGCCCACGCCUGCUCAGCUCGGCCGAGCGCCACUGCAGAAGCGGCUUAGUCGAGGAACGUCUACAGGCUCCACCGGCAGCGCGGAGCAGCGGCCCGCUACAGACAGCGGCCCCACCACGCCGCUGGACGAGCCGCUGCCCUCGCCCAAGCACGACCUGCCCAGCCCCUCGCUCAAGAAGAGUCUGUUCAAGAAAGGCAACGAGGACGGCCGCGACAACGGCCCCACCACGCCGCUGGAUGAGCCGCUGCCCUCGCCCAAGCACGACCUGCCCAGCCCCUCGCUCAAGAAGAGCCUGUUCAAGAAGGGCAACGAGGACGGCCGCGACAACGGCCCCACCACGCCGCUGGAUGAGCCGCUGCCCUCGCCCAAGCACGACCUGCCCAGCCCCUCGCUCAAGAAGAGCCUGUUCAAGAAGGGCAACGAGGACGGCCGCGACAACGGCCCCACCACGCCGCUGGACGAGCCGCUGCCCUCUCCCAAGCACGACCUGCCCAGCCCCUCGCUCAAGAAGAGCCUGUUCAAGAAAGAUGCAGCGUUCCCUUGGGCUGUUAACGGGACUAUUCCCACUCGUUCCCACUGCUGGCCCGCCACGGACAGCGGCCCCACCACGCCGCUGGACGAGCCGCUGCCCUCGCCCAAGCACGACCUGCCCAGCCCCUCGCUCAAGAAGAGCCUGUUCAAGAAAGGCAACGAGGACGGCCGCGACAAGGUGUUAGAGUCGGUGAAGUUCGAGCAGAAGUUCAGCACAUUACCACAGUUCAAGCCGGAGGCGUGCAGUCCUAGCGCUAUGGUGGUGCCGUGCAGCCCGCUGUAUUUACGGAAGAAGCACAACAAGAUGGGAAUGGAUGAAGAAAGCACAGUGGUGACGCCACAACUAGAACCGGAGGUGAUCAACGUGAACGGCAACAGUAUGCCCACGCCGCACUCCUACGGAACCCCACACACCACCACCAAGCUGGUCGGGAACACCUUCUUCGGGCCCGACUUCAACCUGGAGACCUUCAGAGGUUCGGAGAGCCUCGACGAGAUGUCGCCGCGCACGCCGUGCUCGGGCAGCGCGUGCGCGCCGGCGGGCGCGUGCGGCGCGCGCGGCGAGGCCGGCCACCGCCGCGUGCUCGAGCAGCGCCGCAACCUCGUGCUCAAGCUCUUCAAGGAGCAGGGCAUGUUCCCCAGCUCGCAGGCCACCACCAACUUCCAGGUCAGUCCUACUGAUGUGGCAGGCUGCGGUGCGAUGACGGAGCUGCGGUGCGAUGACGGAGUGACGUCACCCGCCGGCCACCGCCGCGUGCUCGAGCAGCGCCGCAACCUCGUGCUCAAGCUCUUCAAGGAGCAGGGCAUGUUCCCCAGCUCGCAGGCCACCACCAACUUCCAGGUCAGUCCUACUGAUGUGGCAGGCUGCGGUGUGACGGAGCUGCGGUGCGAUGACGGAGUGACGUCACCCGCCGGCCACCGCCGCGUGCUCGAGCAGCGCCGCAACCUCGUGCUCAAGCUCUUCAAGGAGCAGGGCAUGUUCCCCAGCUCGCAGGCCACCACCAACUUCCAGGUCAGUCCUACUGAUGUGGCAGGCUGCGGUGCGAUGACGGAGCUGCGGUGCGAUGACGGAGUGACGUCACCCGCCGGCCACCGCCGCGUGCUCGAGCAGCGCCGCAACCUCGUGCUCAAGCUCUUCAAGGAGCAGGGCAUGUUCCCCAGCUCGCAGGCCACCACCAACUUCCAGGUCAGUCCUACUGAUGUGGCAGGCUGCGGUGCGAUGACGGAGCUGCGGUGUGACGGAGUGACGUCACCCGCCGGCCACCGCCGCGUGCUCGAGCAGCGCCGCAACCUCGUGCUCAAGCUCUUCAAGGAGCAGGGCAUGUUCCCCAGCUCGCAGGCCACCACCAACUUCCAGGUCAGUCCUACUGAUGUGGCAGGCUGCGGUGUGACGGAGCUGCGGUGCGAUGACGGAGUGACGUCACCCGCCGGCCACCGCCGCGUGCUCGAGCAGCGCCGCAACCUCGUGCUCAAGCUCUUCAAGGAGCAGGGCAUGUUCCCCAGCUCGCAGGCCACCACCAACUUCCAGGUCAGUCCUACUGAUGUGGCAGGCUGCGGUGCGAUGACGGAGCUGCGGUGCGAUGACGGAGUGACGUCACCCGCCGGCCACCGCCGCGUGCUCGAGCAGCGCCGCAACCUCGUGCUCAAGCUCUUCAAGGAGCAGGGCAUGUUCCCCAGCUCGCAGGCCACCACCAACUUCCAGGUCAGUCCUACUGAUGUGGCAGGCUGCGGUGCGAUGACGGAGCUGCGGUGCGAUGACGGAGUGACGUCACCCGCCGGCCACCGCCGCGUGCUCGAGCAGCGCCGCAACCUCGUGCUCAAGCUCUUCAAGGAGCAGGGCAUGUUCCCCAGCUCGCAGGCCACCACCAACUUCCAGGUCAGUCCUACUGAUGUGGCAGGCUGCGGUGCGAUGACGGAGCUGCGGUGCGAUGACGGAGUGACGUCACCCGCCGGCCACCGCCGCGUGCUCGAGCAGCGCCGCAACCUCGUGCUCAAGCUCUUCAAGGAGCAGGGCAUGUUCCCCAGCUCGCAGGCCACCACCAACUUCCAGGUCAGUCCUACUGAUGUGGCAGGCUGCGGUGCGAUGACGGAGCUGCGGUGCGAUGACGGAGUGACGUCACCCGCCGGCCACCGCCGCGUGCUCGAGCAGCGCCGCAACCUCGUGCUCAAGCUCUUCAAGGAGCAGGGCAUGUUCCCCAGCUCGCAGGCCACCACCAACUUCCAGGUCAGUCCUACUGAUGUGGCAGGCUGCGGUGCGAUGACGGAGCUGCGGUGCGAUGACGGAGUGACGUCACCCGCCGGCCACCGCCGCGUGCUCGAGCAGCGCCGCAACCUCGUGCUCAAGCUCUUCAAGGAGCAGGGCAUGUUCCCCAGCUCGCAGGCCACCACCAACUUCCAGGUCAGUCCUACUGAUGUGGCAGGCUGCGGUGCGAUGACGGAGCUGCGGUGCGAUGACGGAGUGACGUCACCCGCCGGCCACCGCCGCGUGCUCGAGCAGCGCCGCAACCUCGUGCUCAAGCUCUUCAAGGAGCAGGGCAUGUUCCCCAGCUCGCAGGCCACCACCAACUUCCAGGUCAGUCCUACUGAUGUGGCAGGCUGCGGUGCGAUGACGGAGCUGCGGUGCGAUGACGGAGUGACGUCACCCGCCGGCCACCGCCGCGUGCUCGAGCAGCGCCGCAACCUCGUGCUCAAGCUCUUCAAGGAGCAGGGCAUGUUCCCCAGCUCGCAGGCCACCACCAACUUCCAGGUCAGUCCUACUGAUGUGGCAGGCUGCGGUGCGAUGACGGAGCUGCGGUGCGAUGACGGAGUGACGUCACCCGCCGGCCACCGCCGCGUGCUCGAGCAGCGCCGCAACCUCGUGCUCAAGCUCUUCAAGGAGCAGGGCAUGUUCCCCAGCUCGCAGGCCACCACCAACUUCCAGGUCAGUCCUACUGAUGUGGCAGGCUGCGGUGCGAUGACGGAGCUGCGGUGCGAUGACGGAGUGACGUCACCCGCCGGCCACCGCCGCGUGCUCGAGCAGCGCCGCAACCUCGUGCUCAAGCUCUUCAAGGAGCAGGGCAUGUUCCCCAGCUCGCAGGCCACCACCAACUUCCAGGUCAGUCCUACUGAUGUGGCAGGCUGCGGUGCGAUGACGGAGCUGCGGUGCGAUGACGGAGUGACGUCACCCGCCGGCCACCGCCGCGUGCUCGAGCAGCGCCGCAACCUCGUGCUCAAGCUCUUCAAGGAGCAGGGCAUGUUCCCCAGCUCGCAGGCCACCACCAACUUCCAGGUCAGUCCUACUGAUGUGGCAGGCUGCGGUGCGAUGACGGAGCUGCGGUGCGAUGACGGAGUGACGUCACCCGCCGGCCACCGCCGCGUGCUCGAGCAGCGCCGCAACCUCGUGCUCAAACUCUUCAAGGAGCAGGGCAUGUUCCCCAGCUCGCAGGCCACCACCAACUUCCAGGUCAGUCCUACUGAUGUGGCAGGCUGCGGUGCGAUGACGGAGCUGCGGUGCGAUGACGGAGUGACGUCACCCGCCGGCCACCGCCGCGUGCUCGAGCAGCGCCGCAACCUCGUGCUCAAACUCUUCAAGGAGCAGGGCAUGUUCCCCAGCUCGCAGGCCACCACCAACUUCCAGGUCAGUCCUACUGAUGUGGCAGGCUGCGGUGCGAUGACGGAGCUGCGGUGCGAUGACGGAGUGACGUCACCCGCCGGCCACCGCCGCGUGCUCGAGCAGCGCCGCAACCUCGUGCUCAAACUCUUCAAGGAGCAGGGCAUGUUCCCCAGCUCGCAGGCCACCACCAACUUCCAGGUCAGUCCUACUGAUGUGGCAGGCUGCGGUGCGAUGACGGAGCUGCGGUGCGAUGACGGAGUGACGUCACCCGCCGGCCACCGCCGCGUGCUCGAGCAGCGCCGCAACCUCGUGCUCAAGCUCUUCAAGGAGCAGGGCAUGUUCCCCAGCUCGCAGGCCACCACCAACUUCCAGGUCAGUCCUACUGAUGUGGCAGGCUGCGGUGCGAUGACGGAGCUGCGGUGCGAUGACGGAGUGACGUCACCCGCCGGCCACCGCCGCGUGCUCGAGCAGCGCCGCAACCUCGUGCUCAAGCUCUUCAAGGAGCAGGGCAUGUUCCCCAGCUCGCAGGCCACCACCAACUUCCAGGUCAGUCCUACUGAUGUGGCAGGCUGCGGUGCGAUGACGGAGCUGCGGUGUGACGGAGUGACGUCACCCGCCGGCCACCGCCGCGUGCUCGAGCAGCGCCGCAACCUCGUGCUCAAGCUCUUCAAGGAGCAGGGCAUGUUCCCCAGCUCGCAGGCCACCACCAACUUCCAGGUCAGUCCUACUGAUGUGGCAGGCUGCGGUGCGAUGACGGAGCUGCGGUGCGAUGACGGAGUGACGUCACCCGCCGGCCACCGCCGCGUGCUCGAGCAGCGCCGCAACCUCGUGCUCAAGCUCUUCAAGGAGCAGGGCAUGUUCCCCAGCUCGCAGGCCACCACCAACUUCCAGGUCAGUCCUACUGAUGUGGCAGGCUGCGGUGCGAUGACGGAGCUGCGGUGUGACGGAGUGACGUCACCCGCCGGCCACCGCCGCGUGCUCGAGCAGCGCCGCAACCUCGUGCUCAAGCUCUUCAAGGAGCAGGGCAUGUUCCCCAGCUCGCAGGCCACCACCAACUUCCAGGCCACUCACAUGGACAUAUUCCCGACGAAGAUGUCGCUGCAGCUAAAGAUCCGGGAGGUGCGGCAGAAACUCAUGGCGCAGUCCAACCUCACGCCACACUCGGAGGUCAACACGCCCACAAAUGUGAAUUCUCCGAUCGUGUCGGCCGCACUGCAGCCGACCUCUACGGCCAGUUAGCGAUGUGGGUAUACCAUCUCCAUUGUCGUGCAGGAAUAGGCAAUACUAUUCAGUUGUUGACGCUUUAGCUAUUCUUCUCUUUAGUUUAUUAAGGUACCUCUACAUAAGUCACAUUAUAUGGUCCCUUACUUAUUUUCGGCCUUCGACUCAGCUAGAUUCGAUAUACAACUUUACUGCGUUGUAUUAAGGUUCGCGAACAUCUGUCAGCUACUUCUCCAAUGCCAAUUGAUAUUGUAGUAUGACCGAGUCACUGAUACUUUCUUCUGGCGAGUCUAUAAAUAUUGAGUAAUAAAUAGUUAAAGUGUCAACAGCUGAAUAUUUAGAAUAAUUCUGUUUGUAACAGAUACCUUUGUGCAAUGGAGUUGUGAGAUUUUCGAGUGUUCUAUCUUAUAGUGAUCACUUAUUUUAUAAUACAUACUUCGAUGCUUGAUGGCAUUUAAAUUAUACGAUUCUAUUCUUCGUAGUAAAUCUAUCACUUUAAGAAAUUUUGGACAUAAUAGAAAAAACAAAAAAAUGUAUGUUGAGAUGUUAUUAUGACGAAUGAAAGGUCCGAAGUCGCAUAUCAUUUGUUUUGUUUAUCAACGUGAACUGACGUUCUUCCAAAUUCGGAGUGAUUGGUGGAGUGGGUGGGUGCCUUUGAUUUGCGAGAAAGACAAUUAUUUUAUUUUGGUGUUAAAUCGUAAUUUUAGGUUAUUUCUAUCAUCGUAGCUAUUCCUUAGCACUUCGACAUUUAUGUCAGUAAAAUUUAAGAUAUAGCGGUUAAUACUUAUGAAUGUGGAAUUAAUUAACGUUUCAGAAGCGAAUAUUAAAAUGAAUUCUUCGCUUUCACAUCUGGACAAGCAUUUCAUUGAUUCAAUUGUUCAGACUAAACAUAAAAACACAAAAAAAUAUCGUAAUUAAUCAUAAUCUUUGUUAUCGCGGUUGUAGGCGUCUGACGUAUUCAUAUAGGUUGCAGGUAGUAUUGUACCAGAAAAGGUGUUGAGUGCCAUCGGAAUAUUUACCGGAAGGCAAUAUUAAAUAAUUACAAGUAGCUAGGUAAUUUUGAUGAGAAGUUUUAUAAUAUUUAAUAUCGAAUUUUUUUAAUUCUUAACAUUCAGUUUUCGUUUUUUAUAAUGUUUUACACCUUGACAUCUUUGAGGUACUUAUGUUUUUAUAUCAUCCAUAUUUAUUUCGGUAAAGUUAGCACGUUACUCACUAUAGGCACGAUCUCAAUAUAUUUGUGUAAAUAUGUAAGUCCUAUACUCGUAGUUGACUGGUGUAUGUCAGGUUGUGUAUUUUGCGUUUGUGUUAUGUGAAGUUUGUAUCAUUUUGUUAGUGUAUAGUGUAUUCCAUUGUUGCUUCUGCUAUUAUAGUAUAGUGUAGCGACAUCGAUCUUGAUGUACAGUCCACAGCACAUCACCCUACCCCAAAAUGGUAUUUGCUCAAUUGAUUUUGAACAUAAUGCAAAUGAUAUAAAGAUCAAAAUCAAUUGGGAAUAUCGGUCAUGCUAUAGGAGGUUCAUGUGCUGUAAACUGUACUAUCAUCACAGUACUUUUAACUCGACUGUCCGAUAUAAGACGUCACACUUGUGAGUUUUUAUGAAACGAAAAAUCCCGACUGCAAUUUGUUAAUUUUGCGAUGAUUUAACGAAACUGAAGCCUAAUUUGAAACUAAUUCGAUCCGAGUAGGUAUUAUGUAGGGAUAAGUUCAGAUUAUUAUGUAUAUCGUAAGCUUCGUUUACAGUUCCAAUUAAAAACGCCUGACUCCUUUCAAUGCUUUAUACGAAAUGUGUGUUCCGAACAGUUUCUGUUUCGGGCCUAGACCAUGAGCUAUAUUUAGUAUCGCUACCACUUCAACAUUGAUUUAUUAUUUAAUGAUUCCUUAAGAAAAUGCUGCAUUUAUAUAUAUAAAUAUCACGUUGUUUGCGACUGUUCCGUCAGACAAAAGUAAAAGACGCACACGUCACUGGCCUCGUUUUAACAUUGACUAAUCUAUGCGGAGUGUGACAGAGAGAGGAUGAUCUGUGUAUUGGUAAAGAGGGAGAUAGAACAUGGUGCGUAUUCAUUAUUAUUUAAGUGUCUUAUUUUCAAUUGUUUCUAUUUAUGUUGUGAUGUUGGUCUUCCACAUGUUUAAGAAAUUUUCAUUUUAUUAGAUAAAUAUCUACUUAUUAUUUGUAUGUACAGUGACUUACGUUAAGUAUUCGUUUUUGGAUGCCAUGUUGUAACGAGCAUUAUUAUAUUACAUUAUUAUAUUGUAAUAAUAAAUAUAUAAGUUUCGGAAGAAAGUCAAUAUCUUACGUGUUUCUACAAGUAAGUGCAAACAUUGUUCUGAACCAACACAACAACAGCGGUAUACAAGCUCAAAUCAUUACUGACACUAGGUAAAUCAAUAUUUAUACAUAUAAUAAUCUCAUUGUAAAUAUUAGAUUUAUUUUAAACUAGUGUUAAGAGUUCCCGGCUCUCAAAGUAAUUAAGGUUUUAUUUAGAUAAUGCUAAUUAUAGAUAAAAGAUGAAAAAUAUAUAAUUUAUACUUGAAAAUUUCGGCCAAUACAAAUGUUAUGUAUAUCAAAAUUGUAUUUUUAAAUGAUCUCUUCGGCGUAAAUAGUAUUUAGAUAAUUGCUUUAGGAGUCCGGAAGUAAAAUGAAUUUAUUAAAAGUAUAAAUGUAAGAGAUAUUUUCGCACUGUUAAAUAAUAUAAUCUUGAUAGUUGUGUAGUCGGGGCUACCAUGUCCUGACACUACGUUCGUUUGUCGUUAGAGUUAAGCAGGACCACUUCACAAAAGAUUUCGAUAUUUCGAAUCUAUCUGUCUCUUUUUACAGAUGCUAUUCUAGCUUGUGUGAGAGAGACGUAUAGAGUCAAAUAUUUGGAACAGUUUGGCGGAGUUGGUCCUUCAUAACUAAUUAUAAGACUAACUGCAGUCUGAAUGUUAUUAUUUUCUUAUUUACUGACUCCGACAGAGGGUUUCAGCGACCAGUGGUAUUCUAAAGAAAUAGUCUCACUCGCCGGUAUCAUGAAAGGUCAUUCAAAUUCUUCAAUCUGUUCAGAUUCAAGCUGGUGAUUGGUCUAACUGCUGAACUUUAACCAACUAUAAUAUUAAGUCUAUUCUUGAGAUUGAAGUAUGUUUUGAAGAUCGUUUCAGAAUACAGGCCUAAUAGUUAUUUUCUAAAUUUCUAUUGGUCUAUUACUAAUUCUUUGAUAUCCGCUGGCUGUGACCAUAAUCAGUCUAUGUAGAAUGUAAUAUUCAAGACUGUGCUAUCAAAAUAAGGUACAAAACUGCCGAUACUACGUAGUGUUAGGGCCUGGUACCAUCUCCGCGUAGUCAAUUGGUCAUGUCAUAUACACUUUUCAUACAUACAACUGUUGUUACCAAUUUAGACAUACAUGAUUCAAUCACACAUUUGUUAACAUUGUUAUGUACUCUAUUCUGAAUUAAUAAGACAGUUUUUAUAUAAAAAAAUUCGGAAUAAGUGAUUAUCUUAUUUCUUUAUAUUUUUUAAAUAAUUAAUUGCCUUUUAGUUUAGAAUGGAUAAACCUGAAGCAUGGUCACACAGCAAUAUGAAAGACUUUUAACAUUCAACAACACUAUAAUUACCUGUCGGUAACUUAUCAUAUUAAGUACUAUCUAAAUAAUAAAUUAUUUUCUCUUUUUACUAUGUAAUGCCUUUAGCUGCUUCCUAAUUGUAUAAUUUAGCAUCUAUCAUAGUAGCUUUCAGUGUGCACUGGAUAUCAUCUAUUUUCUGAGGCAAUAAAAUGAAUACAAAUUGUCAUAAUGAAAGCAAUCGUGAUAGAAGUUAAACUGGACAACUAGGGCUCUGGUUAUUUAAUAUCAAUUGUAUUGUUGUUGACUACAUCGAAAUGUGUGAAGGUCUAUUUGUAUCAGAUUACAUUUAAUAGAAAUUAAUUUUAAUACACUUAUUUUUAAAUGUAAAGAUUUGUAACGAAUGAUCCAUAGAUAUGAAUGACGUUUCAUUAACAUAAUGGUAGUUUAUUGAUUUAGAUAGUUCAGCAGUUACGUUGAUUAUGAGUAUUUCUCAAAAAAAAUGUACGUAACGAAACGGUAGUAACGAAAUAGUAAGGCCAUAAGGCUUGUUAUACAUUGGCGAAAUAUUGUGAAUGCUCUUCAUUUAUUCAAUUCGAAAUAUUUGUAAGUAUGCACCCAAAUACGGGGUAAUAUUAAGGGGUUAGAAAUAAAAUAAGGGAGUAAUCAUUCACACUAUUUUAAUAAAAUUAUUUUUGUUCCAUCAUUUUUAUCCAUUUUGAGUCGUUCUCUGUAAGCUUUUUGCCUUUCGGCAUUGGUUUUUGGCGGCAUUCCUAAAAAAACAAAAGAAGUAAUCACAUAAAAACGUAAUCUAAAUGAUUUGAUAAUUUUUUGCUGGUGGCACUUCUGUAAAGCAGAUAGUAUCCAAUCCUUUUGUUAUUAACGCUCUAUAUUUUUUGAAAUAAAUUAAGUAGUGAAUAUUACUAUGCUUAGUCAGGUAAUAACAGUAUACACUCAGCAUUAUGUUGUACUUUUUCGUAACGUAACGAAAUUCGUAAAAAACGUAACGAAAUAUUAGACAAAAUGAGAUCAGAAACAAGUAUUUUUUUGAUAAAAUUUGUUACAGCAAAUAUAAAAGCUUACUAAAUGUUCGUACCACACGUAUUACAAAAAAUGGUUAAAUGAAGACUUACCGUUCUAUAUAAAAUCGCUGAUUUUACUGCCUGUUACGAAAAAGUAAUCCCACAAAACACACACGUUUUCACUAAUUUUCGCGAUAGAUGUUAUGGCGGAGACGUCAGGCCAACAGCCAUUCAGAGUGCAGCUAUUGUUGUCCGUGUAAAAUAAAUACGGAAUUGUUCAGAAACCAUGGGAAAGUAGAAAUAAAUCGUAACUAAAGAGUAAAUAACGAAAUAGUAAAUGAGAGCGACUCAUUUUGUUUUUUUGCUUUAAAUUGCCAAUUCAUUAUGACACCCCAUAGAAAAUCAAUUUGAUACAGAAACUGCGAUUACUGUAGAACGAUAAUACAAAGAAAUUUACAAUAAUUUAGUUACGUAUCGCAUUUUAUGAAACAAAAACACAUGAAAAAGGUAGGGUGGCAAACAGGUUUUUGUAUGAAAGGUAAAAAAGGACUAUUUUUAAAAUAUUUAAAUAUUUGGUAAUAAGUAGGAUUAUAGUUAUAAUUCUUCGUUAUCUUAAAGAUUAAUAUUCAUCCUUCAAAAUUGUGUGUGUGUUUUUUUUGUGUGAUGAUUUAUAAAUAUAAAACUUUUGAACUGUUUCAAAGCACACUUUUUUUUUUCAAAAUGUACAUUUUUUUUGAGAAAUACUCUUAUAUAUUUUAAUCAAUUAACAUCUAUAAUUAUGUGUGUUCACAGCACACAGUUUUUAAUUUUCAGAUGAUUCACAUAUAAUUAUUUUAUUACACAGAUUUGUUGCAAUAUGUUUUUAACAUAGAAUAAAAUUAACAAAUUUUGUUUAACGGUUUAUAAUUGCAAUGGUUUGUACUGAAUGUUUCAAUCUGUUUUAAUACUGUCCAUUACCUGAUUUUAGAAGUUUGUUGAGGAUACUUCAGUUUUGGAGUUAUGUUGUGUUUUGAGUGAAUGUAUUUUUUCAGUGUGUUGUUGUAAUAACAAAUAUGAAACAAAUCUUAAUGCAAGUAAUAAGCUGCAUAUUAUUAGUGCCUUAUUGACUUUCAAAACUUAGUUAUAAACAAACAUGUUGUUUCGUUUGUUAAAAGUAUUGUUUUUCGAGAUUCCACUCCUAGGGUUUGUCAGUCAAUAACAAUGGAUAAUACGCAGUUUUCUUUAUUAGACUGAAUUUACUCUGUUGCAUAUAACAUUUAGUGUUAUAUAUUUUAAGAAAUAUUAGCAAUUACCUGAAAAGGACAUUUUUAAUAAAGCAUUUCAUAUUCGUUAUUUAUUUCUUCUACAUAAGGCAUUAGUCUAAUUGUUUAGUCAAAAUGUCGUAAUUGUAAAUAUCUUGUUUAGAAGUUUUAUUUAGAUUUAAGUGUUCAAUUUAAUGUAUGUUAGAUUGAAUUAGACAAAAAAUCAUCAGAGGAAAUAUCUGAAACAAUAAUAAUCACAUUACACAUGAUUUUCAAAUGUUUAAGAAUCCAACUAAUGGACCAAAUAAAUGGCACUUAACUUAGACAAUGUAAUCACAAAACAAGAAUCCAUUGUGUGCAGGUAUAGCGCAUCACCCAUAACAUUGUGGACAGUUUGUUUAAGCAUAUUGGAUCAUUGUACGAACUUAUGUUAAAAUAUAAAAACCUCGAAAACA